CGGCCAACCAGCUAAGCCCAGCUUCCGAACGCUGCACCAUCCUUCAACACGAACCAAGCCCAUCACCACAAGGCCUGUGGCCGAAGCCCGGCACAUGACAACCGUGCGCAGCGGCCACCACCGGGAGUUCCUCUCCCCCCAUCUCAACUUUUCUCUCUCCAUCUCUUCCUCCGACGGCCUCCCCCUCUCCGUAUCUCUCUCUCUCUCUCUCUCUGUGGCCCUCUCUCUAUUCUCUCCGGCAGCCCCUCUCUUCUCUCCUCUGUGUUGCGCACCCCGCGAGUUACCAAGCGCCGCCUCCUCCCGCUAGUGGUCUGACUCGUCACGCUAACGCUCUCUCUCUAGCUUUUAGACCGCGACCGACAGAGGUCACCGGAGCCAACGUGCGCCUCUCCCGGCCAAGUUAUGGGUAUCUGCUCUUAAAGCUGAUCGUAAAGCUGAUCUCUUUAAAUGAUACCCACGUGUGAGAGAUAUUUUGGAUACAGCUUUCAAGUUAUGAAUUUUUUUAAAGUGUAACUACUUCCCUGAUAAUAGAAUUUGUCUCAAUGAACAAGAUUUAUAUUAUCAUCUCUGGAGAGCUAAUACACAAAUGUUCUUUUUCUUGGGGUAGAGGGCUGAUACAAGAGGAAACCGUUUUGCUUUGACGGUUAUCUCGUUUUGAAAAAAGAUUAAUGUGUGCCGUUUCUUCCAGAAGCUUUCAGCUUUAUUCUCUCUCAAAAUCCUCAACUAGACUUCAGUGCCGUUUCAUUUAUGUUCGUCGCUUCAAAACCCAGAUCACAUUUUCCAAGACUGAUUACCCGAAACUCACUAACAAUGACUCACAACUGCUCCAUUUCCUUGCCGAACAUAGUCUUCCGGAUGCACGUAAUAUGCUUGAAGAAUUGCCUGUUGGAGAACGGCAUGGCCGAAUCCGUCUUUGGACUUCGUUUCUGUCGAAGUUCUCGAAGAGUGGCUUUGUUGAUGAAGCCCGGGCUCUCUUCGAUAUCAUGCCUGAGAGGAAUGUUGUUACUUAUAAUGCGAUGUUGUCUGGGUAUGUGCAGAGUGGGAGGUUGAGUGAGGCUUGGUCGUUCUUUGGCGAGAUGCCGGAAAGGAAUGUUGUGUCGUGGACUAUAAUGCUUUGUGGGUUGGCGGAUGCAGGGAGGAUAGACGAUGCACGGUGGUUAUUUGAGGUGAUGCCAGAAAGGAAUAUUGUGUCUUGGAAUUCCAUGUUGGCAGGGUUGAUUAGGAACAAGGAUUUGGAGGAAGCAAGUCUGGUUUUUCAACUAAUGCCAGAUAAGAACAUAGUUUCUUGGAAUGCCAUGAUUGCAGGGUAUGUUGAGAAUGGUAGAAUAGAAGAAGCAAAAGCAUUGUUUGAUGAAAUGGAAGAGAAGAAUGUGGUCACUUGGACCAGCAUGAUGGCUGGUUACUGUAGGGUGGGUAAUGUGGAUGAGGGGUAUAGUCUGUUUCAAAGAAUGCCUGAGAGGAACAUUGUCUCUUGGACAGCCAUGAUCAGUGCAUUCACUCGGAAUAGCUUAUAUAUAGAGGCUUUGUUGCUUUUUCUUGAAAUGAGUGGGGAUUUUGAAGUAAAACCAAAUGGAGAGACUUUCAUUUCACUUGCCUAUGCUUGUGCAGGUGUAGGUUUUGCUCGUCUUGGCAUGCAAUUGCAUGCUCAACUGAUUAUUAAAAGUUGGGACCAUGAUGAUUAUGAUGGCAGGCUCCAUAGGAGCCUCAUUCACAUGUACUCUACUUUUGCGCAGCUCGAAAAGGCUCAACAUUUGUUUGACAUGGUACCCAUCCGAGAUAAGAUCUCAUGGACUUCUAUGAUUAAGGGCUAUUUUGAUGUUGGCCAAGUAUCGAAGGCUUGUCAUCUGUUUCAUAAUAUGCCUCAAAGAGAUGCAGUUGCGUGGACUGCAAUGAUUUCUGGACUUGUUCAAAAUGAGCUUUUUGCAGAAGCUACCUGCUUAUUCUCAGAAUUGCGAGUCCAUUGUGUUUUACCUCUGAAUUCUACAUAUUCUAUUCUUCUUGGAGCAGCAGGUACACUGUCAUAUCUUGAUCAGGGAAAGCAGUUCCAUUGCAUGCUGAUAAAAACAUUAUAUGAAUUCGACUUGAUUCUUGAGAAUUCUUUGAUGUCAAUGUAUGCAAAAUGUGGGGAGAUAGGCGAUGCGCACAUCAUAUUCUCAAAUAUGACUUCUCGGGAUUUAAUUUCUUGGAAUUCCAUGAUCAUGGGGCUUUCACAUCAUGGGCUGGCAAAUGAAGCCCUCAAGAUCUUUGAAGACAUGCUUAGAUCUGGGGCCCACCCAAAUUCUGUUACCUUCUUGGGUGUCCUAUCAGCAUGUAGCCAUGCAGGGCUGGUCAGUCGAGGGUGGGAGUUAUUUAAUGCCAUGAGUGAUGUUUAUGCAAUUCAAAAAGGUUUAGAGCAUUAUAUUUGCAUGAUUAAUCUUUUGGGCCGAGCUGGGAAACUAAAAGAAGCAGAGGAGCUAGUCCUUAGACUACCUCUUGAACCAGAUCGUGCCGUUUGGGGUUCAUUGCUUGGAGUAUGUAGUUUUCAUGAGACAACUACCGAGAUUGCUAGACGUGCAGCCCAGCGACUCUUUGAAUUGGAUCCUUUAAAUGCGGCUGCCCAUGUGGUGCUCUGUAACAUAUACAGAGCAAAGGGGUGGCAUGUUGAGGGGACAAUGAUAAGAAAGAAGAUGCAACUGGAGGGUGUCAAAAAGGUUCCUGGCUGCAGUUGGAUUCUGCUGAAAGGGAAGGCUCAUGUUUUCCUGUCUGGAGAUAAAAUACCCCCACAAGUGGAUAUGAUGCUAUCUGUUUUACAUGGGACAGCAAGUGAAUCAUAAGAA